CUCACUUUUCCCCGUAUAGAGAAUCUCAAACUCAAGAUGGCUGACACUUGUUGGUUUUAAUAUUUGUAAGCCAGAAUUUCGACCGAGUUUUAGUUAUUUCGCCGAAUUAAAUUGUUAUUUUCGAUAAAAUAUGUUAGUGUUGUGUCUGUGUAUUGUGUAGUUUCUCGGAAAAACUCUAGGUAGUAAUGUUAUUUAGUGAAAUCGCUAGAAAUGACUGCUUCCGUGGACGUUCAUUAUUUACAAUUUUGUACAGUAAAUAUAGGAUUAUUGCAGAUCUAAAUGGAUAACUCUGUAUCAUCUAUUGAUAGCAGCAGUCCAUCGUUGUGCAUGAACGGUUCUAUGAGGCGGCCGUCUCCAAUUCCUGGCACACCAGUAUCGGGCGGUGCGGGGCGGCCCGCCUCCCUCAUGGAUCAUUCCCAAAUACCGGCGCACGUGGUGCGUGUCGUCGUCAAUCGCGACGACAAGGGGUAUGGCAUGAAGGUCUCGGGUGACAAUCCGGUGUACGUGCAAAGUGUUAAAGAAGGUGGUGCUGCCGAGAAAGCAGGUCUUCAUGCCGGGGAUAAAAUCAUCAAAGUCAAUGGGGUUAAUGUGAUGCAAUCGACGCACACCCAGGUUGUUGCCCUCAUUAAGUCUUCCUCUCAAGUAGUAUUAACUGUUCAACAAAGAUCUAAUGUGCCAAGAACUAUGGGAUCUCCAAGUUUACACAAUCGAUCGGUAACCACACCAACUUCGUCAAGAAUUACUGGACCUCAACCAGUUGAUAACGAAAAACAAUAUCAACUUCAGUUGGAGAAAGAACAAUACUACAGAUUAAUGAUAGAAAAAGAACAGCACUACAUAGAUCUUCUUCGUAGCCAAAUCGCAUCUUCGCCGGACGAAAAGAAGUGCCUCGAACUAGCGAAAACCGAAAAAAAUCUUCAUACAUUGCAGGCGAUGUUACAACGAAGUCAGAGCGAGCAACAAUCUCCACACACAGACUCCUCUCCUUCUCCAUCUCCCCAAAAACGCACACCACCUUCUCCAAAUGGAAAUUCGGACGUACCACCUCCUUUACCUAAAAGAAACAACCUUUCUAAUCGCCAAAGGGCCGUUACCGAACCUUACAAACGAAAAUUUCCUUAUAUUAACGGAAAAUUACCGUUGGACGUUAAUUUUAUCCAAAACGAGAUAAACGCUAACAUAGCGAGUUCUAAGUGUAAAGUAAAAAUUAAGCCUACUGCGUGCUCUUUGUCAUUGAAUGUAUCCGAUCAACCUCCUCCUUUACCUCCCAGAACUACCCAUUCUGCUCCCUUGCCCUUGGAAGACGCGGUCAACUCAAUAAAUAAACAAAUGUCUUACCCGUUAGUGGCAACGUGUGCUACGUUAGUUAACGAUGAUUCUCCGAAUCCCACCCAUCAUAGAACAAAAUCUAGUCCGGAAAAUUUGUUAUCCAUUCAAAAUAAUGAAGGAAAUUUGAAAAUGUCCGAAAGCAUGAACGAUCUUAAUCGCCAAGAGGAAUGGGAAACACCGCCCGGUACACCUCCACCUCCGUAUCCUAGCCCACAACCCAUGAGGAGAGAAAUGAGUGGGAAUGGCGAUGACCAUUUUGAAGAGGAUUCGCCAGAUGCUUCAUAUAGAAGUAACGGUAGUAGAAUAUUGGCAAAUUGUUCUCCUAUCCACGCAGCUACCCCGCAGACAUCUCAACAGCCAAUUAUGAGUAUGGAGGACGAUGAAAUCUCAGACCAAGAAAUUAGUCAGUUAGAGGACCAUGGCCAUUUUAAGUCUUUAUCGAGACUUUGGGAACACCUACCGCAUUUGGCGGUAUUCACCAAUUACAUAUUGUCAAAUUCCGAUCCAAAUGGAUUGAUGUUUUACCUUCUGACUGAUCUUUAUAAGGAAGGAAACGCGAAAGAAAUGAGAAAGUGGGCAUUCGAAAUUCAUUCCUGUUUCCUAGUACCUGGCGCUCCUCUAAGGUUAAGCAACGUCGACGAAAACAUCGCUCGCGAAAUCGACGAAGUAUUAACUAGAGAAUUCGACAAAGAAGAAAUCCUCCGUAAAAUAUUCUGGAAAGCCAGACAUAGAGCCAAAGAGGAACUAACUAAGCAAUUAGCCGACUUCCAACAGAAAAGAACUGCUGGUUUGGGGACCAUCUACGGCCCCACGGACCAAAUUCUAGCCGAAGUCUAUAGCGAUAAGGGAAAAGAGACCAAACUCUACGAGUCUUUGUUCUUGGAGAAGUUAGAUCCUUACUUGGAGGAGCUCGAAAAGGAGAGUUACGAUACUAAACGUUAUUAUAUGGCUGCUGCAUUAACUACUGUGCUUACUAGAAUAUUUCAAAUUCGUCCAACCACCGCACAUGCCUUAGACAGGUGUCCUACUUUUGUUAAUAAAGAAAAAUCCUUCAGGACCAAGUUUAUUGGAAAAUAUUCCAGAAAGUUAAACGUCCUGGGCCAUCAGUUUGUAGCACAACAAUACUAUACUGUGAUAUUUUGUAGCAACUGCCACCAAAUUUUGUACGGAAUUGGACCGCAGGGUUACCAGUGUUCAGCUUGCCUUAUUAACCUACAUAGAUUCUGUGUUAGACAAUAUGAAGAUAGUUGUCCGGGUCCCAUUACGAAGAAAGACAGGGGCAUAAUGAAACUAAUUGGAAUGAGACAUGACGCCAACGAGCACAAUAGGAUUAAGAAGAAUAACCAGUUUUUGCAAAUGGAAAGGGAAAGAAGACAAGCAGAAGAAAAUAACAGCAGUUUUGAUCUCAGCGAAAACGAGGUAAAACAAUCACACCCGGUAUCUCGAAGUGGUUCUGAUAGGAGACCGGAUGCGGUGCGCGAAGAGGGUCUCAAACAACAGGACUCGACGAAAACGGAGUCCUCCCACGAUGCUCUCAAUGAUAGAAUGGAGGCGGCCAAUAUGGUCAGUAGUACCAUUCUUCCGGCUGCAGGAAGCCAAAGGAAGCAUAAUAGCAAUAUUAAUAGAUCGGAAAGUGUGAAAGAACAAUCCGAAAAGAGGAAACAAAGACGGAACAUCAGUGACCCCUCGCACAAUACCACAAGUGGAGAUGUUGACUUGGACCGUCACGCGGCUUUAUCAAAUACGGAUUCGGGUAGUUCUUCAAAUUCCAGUAUAUCCUACAACGGUAGACUUUCCGAAAGCCCAAGUAAUAGCGUCGAUGCUGUACAAGAUGGUAGACGAGGAACUUUGGACUCCGAUAGUGAUAUCGACGCUGAAUCUGAACAGUGGCAAAGUUUAGUACCUCCGGAAGAACUGAAAAAUCUUUCUCCACACGAGAAAAAAAGACAAGAUGUGAUAAACGAACUCUUCCAUACCGAAAGCUCGCAUGUAAGAAACCUCAAAGUUUUAUACAAGAUCUUCUACAAGAAAAUCCAAGAAAGCCAAACCCUCAAACCGGACGAACUGAACCUUAUCUUUCCCAACAUUAAGGAAUUGCUGGAUUUACAUACCGAAUUCAACAAAGAAAUGAGGAGGAAGCGAAAAGAAGACCCGUUAAUCAAAGAAUUAGGUACCUUGAUAGGAAACAUGUUCGGAGAGAGGUACGGAGAUUCGUUGAAAAAGGCCGCUGCGAAUUUCUGCGAGAGGCAACAGAUGGCGCUGGAGUUUAUCAAGAAAAGACGGGAAAGAGAUUCGAAAUUCGAUGCCGUUUUAAUCGAGUGUGAGAAAAAACGACAGUGCAGGCGAUUGCCAUUCCAAGGAAUCCUUCCCACGGAAAUGCAGAGACUCUCCAAAUACCCGCUCUUCCUCGAAAGGCUGAUCCACAGCGUGGAAUCCAAUAAAGACAUAGAUAGUGAUCAAGCGCAACACCAUCAAGACGAAGUUGCGAAGCUGAAGAAGGCGCACCAGAUGUCCAAAGAGAUUUUGAAUCACGUCAACGAAGCCACCAAAGUGGCACACAACAAACAUAGACUGGAAGAGAUACAAAAGCACUUGGACACCAGUGGUUUUGAGAGAUCUGAUCAACCGAUAGCACAAGAAUUUAGGACAUUAGAUUUAACGAAAUUUAGGUUAAUUUUAGAAGGUGGAAUGCAACUUAGGAGGCCUAACAAACCGGUAGUUCCAGUUCAUAUUCUACUUCUAGAGGAAGCGGUCGUUAUUCUCCAUAGGGAUAAUGACAGGUUUCUCCUCAAAUUUUUCCAGUCAGGUUCGCCCGCACAACCUCAACCCUUUUCUCCAAUUAUCAAAAUGAAUAUGCUUCUAGCUAGGACCAAUGCCGUUUGCAAGAAUGCGCUUUUUCUUGUUAAUAUGGCAGUACAAAAUAGCCAAAUGUACGACCUUCAAGUAGACGAUGAAAUCAAAAGAGAAGUGUGGUUCAAGCACUUCACGGAUGCAACAGAGUCAUACAACAAACGACAAGGCAAGUCAUCUGACCGACAAGAACCUACUUCCGAUUCAGAAACGGAAAGCGUACAGGAUCUGCCGCCCUCCGAAGAAGUUGCCGAACGAGCGGAGGCCGUCGGAGGUGACGAUAGUCCUUCUGAACCCGUUCACGACUCGGCCGGUCAAACAGAUCAAGAGAAAGAAGUUGUAGAAGAGGAGGAAGAAAGGCAGGAGAGUGAAAAUAGAGAGUCUGCCUCAUCACCAGAAAUGGUUGCUGGUGGUGGUUUACAAACGACAAAGGUUAGUGCGGAAGAAUGGCCUCUAAUACAACCGUCGCAGGUCAGCGUCGCCGUGCCUCCGGUUCACACUGCAGAGUCCAUGCUCACACCGCUAGAACAAAUUCGCCGGAAAGACGCCAUGGUAAAACAAGCCCUGGAGGAUAAAGAAGGCCUAGUAGCGGACAUGUUGAGCAUACCCCGCGAACAUUUCGAACAUAUCGCCGAUAUGGCCUCGAUGGAUUCGUCGUUACGCGGAAGAGAUCCUUCCGAACGAGUGUUAGCAUCGAUAUUCCAUGUCAAUCAACUACAGAAGGCUGUGAACGAUUCAUUGAACAUCUCCGAAUUGGACGCCAUGGCAGCUAAGGGCGGUAAACACCCCUCUUGUGCUAGUCAACAAGAUGUCGAUGAACACAAAACCGCCGUUCCUACCAUACCUACUAAUUUGGUUAGGGAAAUUGCCAGCUCUCUUAAUUCACAGCUUACAACCCUUUUGAGCGAAGUAAAACAAAUAGAAGAGGAGAGAGAUAGGCUAAGGAAGGAACUUCACAGAGUUAGAGAAAGACUGCACGAAGAACAUAACCUUCACAGUCCUCUGCCAGUUGACGAUGACAAUAUAACGGAUUGUACCUCAGAACAGAGCACAUUAAAUGAUAGUUUGCAGAUAGUAUCCAAAAGUGAUUGCGAAGAUGAGGAACAGUGAAUAGCUUAUCGGCCUAAACGCAUUAUGGACUUCGUUAUAAUUUUUUAUGUACUAAAACGAUUUUGUCCUUUUUGCAUAGAUAAUCUAAAAAUGUGUAAAUUAAUAUUUAUAUAUAUACAUAUACAUAACAAGCAGAAAAUUGAUAUAUUGGUAUUACAUAUACACUAUUUUUUAUAAAGAACAAAGGAAGAAAUGUGAUUUUACACACGUCUGGUUUCCUUGGAUGUUCAGCGACUUUAUGAGAACCUUUGCGGUUUAACAUUUAAAGUCAGUGCAAUAAUGCUUACGUAGUUGUUCAUUAUUAUAAGUCGCUAGAUGAACGCUAUAGGGACGACACUUGUAUUUAUGUGUACAUAAUUGUAGCAUAGGUUUAUAUAGUUUUGUUAUAUCAUGCAGUACAUCCUAAAUAUAACCCUCUUUCAUCUAACUUUUUAAUUCUAAACAAAUUAAAUCUAAGUGUAUAUAAUAUUUAAAGGAGUAAACUGUUUAAUUUUUAUUUUAGAGGAGUUUUUUUCGUAAUUUUUAAAUACGUUUUAGAGUAAUUUUCGAAAUUAAGAUAUUAAAUAAUUUUUUUUGAAACUGUACAUAAAAAAUUUUCGUUAGGUGCGGUAGGCGUUGUAUUUUGGUAAUACUGUACUAUUAUUAUAUAGGGUAUUUCACGACGAUCGUCGAGACAAAAUUUUAGUAAACUUCUCGGAUAUACCGAAGGGGAAAUAUUUUUUAGAAAUAUUGAAUUUUAUUUGUACAUGUAUCUGUUGUUGAGAUACUUCAUCUUAGUGGAGUUUUUCUCAAUGGCAUAUAUAGAAAUACAAUAUGAAAUUCAAUCAGCCAUAUAUGGUAGAUUUUACAUUCGAUAUUCAUCGUGAUACACUCUGUAUUUAUUAAUUUAUAUAACGGUCUCCCAUUUUACCUGAUAAUAGUAUUCUAUUUAUUUGUUAUAAAUUUUUUGUGUUUUUUAUCCAAUCGGUGUAUUUUAAGGAAUGUGGGUGUUAUACAAUUCUGUUGUUAAUUUAACGAAAAAUAGCUAGUGAAUAACAAUACCAGUGUUAUUGUUUUUAAAUAUGAGUAUAUGAAAUGCAUACCUCCAUUAUUAUGUCGAUAAUUUAUUUUAAAAAGGCUUCCGAUCUUCCAAAAAAAAAAAUAAUAUCGUUUUUAUUUUUAUUUUUAUUUUAUAUAAAUAUUAAGCUUUAGUUUAUUUUGGACUAUUUUAUUUAGCUCAAUAUUUAAAUAUUUCAAUGUUCCAGUGUUUCCAGAUCCAAAUUCAAUAUAACUAGUAAUAUUUAGUUAAAAUUUAGAUAAACAUUUCGCAAACUAAAAUAAAUCGAAACUAUUUACAAUAUCCGCUCCAAUAUCAGUUAUUUUUAAUUUAAAAUAUUUUAGUUAAAAAAUGAAAAAAAUAAGGAAGAUCCGCAGAUCCGAUUUUUUAUUAUGUGCUGAAUAUAGUGCCUUGAAGCACCCAUUGUUGUUCAUAUACCGCUUUUGUAUAACGCUUUACCAAUGUGCAUUUUUUGUUAGUUGGAAAAUAUUUUAAAAUCACAUGGCAUUUAAUAUUCAUAGAUGUACAUUAUUUUACUUAAUUUCUUUUUUUAAUUUUUCUUUAUUCAACAGCGAA